UGUCGCUCUGAGCGCGCGUAUCCGGUUGCGCUGGCGUACGUGGGAGCACCACGUGUUGAUGCAGGAGCAUAAGCCAGUAAAGUAUUUAUACACCGCGCACAGACAACUAAACGUCAACUAAUCAGCAUUUGAAAGGCAGUAUGAAGUAUAUUCUAGUGACGGGUGGUGUUAUUUCUGGCAUUGGAAAGGGCAUUAUAGCCAGCAGUGUGGGCACCAUUCUCAAGUCCUGUGGGCUACAUGUCACAGCCAUCAAGAUCGACCCAUACAUUAACAUAGAUGCAGGGACCUUCUCACCUUAUGAGCAUGGUGAGGUGUUUGUGUUGGAUGAUGGAGGAGAAGUUGAUCUGGAUCUAGGAAACUAUGAACGCUUUCUGGACAUCCGGCUCACCAAAGACAACAACCUGACCACUGGCAAGAUUUACCAGUCAGUUAUUAACAAAGAGCGUAGAGGAGAUUACCUGGGCAAAACCGUACAGGUGGUGCCGCACAUAACUGAUGCUAUUCAGGAGUGGGUGAUGCGUCAAGCCAAAGUUCCUGUAGAUGAUGAUGAUGUUGAGCCACAAGUGUGUGUCAUUGAGCUGGGUGGUACAGUAGGAGACAUAGAGAGCAUGCCUUUCAUCGAGGCAUUCAGACAGUUCCAGUUUAAAGUGAAGAGAGAGAAUUUCUGUAAUAUUCACGUCAGUAUGGUGCCACAGCCCAGUGCGACGGGAGAACAGAAAACCAAACCCACUCAGAACAGUGUGAGAGAGCUCAGAGGACUGGGACUGUCACCUGACCUGAUAAUGUGCCGAUGCUCCACUCCACUGGAUAACUCCGUUAAAGAGAAGAUCUCCAUGUUCUGUCAUGUGGAACCUGAACAGGUGAUCUGUGUCCAUGACGUCUCGUCCAUCUACAGAGUUCCUCUGCUGUUAGAGGACCAGGGUGUCGUGGGAUACUUCUGUCGCAGACUAGACUUGCCCAUCGAAACCAGACCCAGAAGAAUGCUCGUGAAGUGGAAAGAGAUGUCAGACAGAUCAGACAGGAUGUUGGAGCAUUGCUCUAUCGCUCUGGUGGGGAAGUACACCAAGUUCUCCGACUCGUACGCCUCUGUGAUCAAAGCCCUGGAGCACUCCGCUCUCGCCAUCAGCCACAAACUAGAGGUCAAGUAUAUUGACUCUGCAGAUUUGGAGCCUAACACAGCACGGGAAGAGCCAGUGAAGUAUCAUGAAGCCUGGCAGAAGCUGUGCAGUGCAGAUGGUGUAUUAGUGCCAGGAGGUUUUGGAGUGAGAGGGACGGAGGGCAAGAUUCACGCCAUCAACUGGGCCAGAAAACAGAAGAAACCUUUCCUGGGCGUGUGUUUAGGGAUGCAGCUGGCUGUGUGUGAAUUUGCCAGGAACAUGUUGGGCUGGACAGAUGCAAACUCUACGGAAUUUGACCCAGAAUCAAAGCACCCUGUGGUAAUUGACAUGCCUGAGCACAAUCCAGGGCAAAUGGGGGGAACUAUGCGGUUGGGAAAGAGACGGACCAUUUUCAAGAGCAAAAAUAGCAUACUUCGAAAGCUUUACGGUGAUGUAGAUUAUGUAGAUGAAAGACACAGGCAUCGUUUUGAGGUGAAUCCAGAGCUGAAGCAGCACUUUGAGGAGAAGGGCUUCAGGUUUGUGGGUCAGGAUGUGGAGGGCGAGAGGAUGGAGGUCAUUGAGUUGGAUGAUCACCCAUAUUUUGUUGGCGUUCAGUAUCACCCAGAGUUCACAUCCAGACCCAUUAAACCUUCUCCACCGUACUUUGGCCUGCUAUUGGCUGCUGCUGGGAGACUUCCAAGUUACCUCCAGAAAGGCUGUCGGCUUUCACCACGAGACACAUACAGUGACCAGAGUGGCAGCAGUUCUCCAGACUCUGAGAUUGCAGACUUCAAACUUUGCUCAAUGACCAAAGAUUAAAGCAGUGUAAUUAAAGAUGUGGUCGCUCCA